AUGUUUUUAUCGAUAUAUACUAAUCAAAUAUCGUCUACAUUAAAAGAUCCAUUUGAAUAUUUUCAAAAACUUACACGAGAUACACAAAUUUAUCCGCAAUGUGAUCUUAUACCACCAUUUAAAACUCAAUUGGAUUCAUCAUUUUUUGAUAAUGAUUUAAGACAAUGGCAACGAAAAAAAAAUCCCCCACCUAUACAUCGCACACUCGAAGCGUUUGUUCAAUUAGAUACAUUAAGGCAGAGUACUUAUUUCAGUCAUAUUCUUCAAGGCAAUAGUCAAGCAAAAGUACCAGGAAUUCUCUACUUUUAUCUUUCUGCUGCUGCACAAUUACAUACUCUCAAACAAUUAAGUCUUAUCAAUGGAAAAUCACUUGAUACUGUUCAAACAGUACGUUAUGCAUUUGAUUCAAAUGAAGUAUUUCGUGUACCAUGGUAUAAAAUCGGUGGUAGUUUUAUGAAUUUUGAACGACCAUUUAGUAUCUAUGCAUUUUCAACUGAAUCUCCUCUACAUUUAUCAAUAAUUGAUUCGGGUGUUGGUUCAUUUUCGAAAAAUGAUUACACAUUAAGAUUUUUUGAACAUUUUAAUACUGUUUAUAAUAAUCCACUUAAAACAUUUCGUAAUUAUGAUGAAUAUUUUAAUGCAUUAAUACAAACAUGGUCUACACGUACUAGAUCUGAUCAAGAUGAUUUAGCUGAUUGGGGAAAAGAAACAAAAGAAUAUAAUGAUCUUUUACAAUACAAAAAUUAUUUUCCAUUACCCUAUCGAUCCGUACCAAAACCUGAUCGAACAGAUAUGACUGAUAAACAAUCAGAAUUUAAUCCUGUUUUUCCAUAUGCUGAUCUUGUUUAUGAUUAUUAUCGUGAUCCAAAUUAUUAUCGAUAUGCUCGAGGAUGGUUUCUUAAUUAUACACAAGCGGAAUCAAAUCAAUAUAUGUUAAAUUAUGGGAUUUUACCUGAUCGUAUACAACGAAAUGUUCUUUUACCUAUGUUUGAACAAAAUCGUUGGACUGGACCUUAUAUAUACUGUCCAUUAAAUUCGAAUGAAUGGCUCGUUUCGUCUAUUCAACCGAUAUGGGCAACAAAUCAUUUUAAUUAUAAAAACUCAAUUGCUUUUCAAAAUAAUCGACGAUAUAAUUAUGCUGGUGUAACAAAUGUAGAACUUGCUUAUACACAACUUGAUGUUAAUCAAUGUCCAGGAAAUCAUCUACGAAAUGUAUAUGCUAAUUCAGCUGCAUGUGAUCGUAAUGCUUUUUGUGACCCAAUUGCUGGAUUUAAUUUACAAAGUGGUGGUUAUCAAUGUUCAUGUCAUCCAAAUUUUCGUUAUCCAUCAAAUGUACGUACACCGUAUCGACCUGCAUUUGAUAAAUAUUCAUCAAAAUCUGUACCAAUUUGCCAACCAGUUCGUCUUUUAACACAAUAUCCAACAUGGCAAGUUGAACAAACUAAACAUUAUCAAUAUCGUCGUUCAGUACCUCGACCAAAUCUAUUUGAAAAACUUCGUUCAUUAAUAUUCAAUCGCCCAUCAACAUGUCCACCAUGGUCACAUAUUGCGAUGUUACCAGUUGAACAAAAUGAUGAUGAUAAUAUACGUUUUGUAAAUGAUUUAACUCGUCAUGUCGAUCGUAUUGCGCGUCCAUUUACAUUACAAGCUGUACGACUUGCACAUUUAUUUUCCAGUUAUUUAGCAUUGUAUCGACCUGAUCGUGAUCCUGCUAAUGAUGGUUUUCUUGAUCGUCGAUCAGAUCCACCGUUAACUGAGCAAUGGCUUGAAUCAGAAAUAAUGAGUACAGGUUUAGCAUAUACACAAUUAUUAGAAGUUGGAAUAUAUUUAAAUGGUACGGAAUAUGAACGACAAAAUCCAUUUCAACAACGUGGUGAGCCAUUAGAAGGGCAAAAUGAAUUUGGUUAUCGAACAAGUGUAUUUCAACAUAUGAAUUAUGGUUUAGCAUUUAUUCGUUUUGAUAAUGAUGAUGAAAAAUAUAUUUUAAAUCGAACAUUAGAUGGAAGUUACUUAAAUGAAGGUGGAUGGUAUGAUAAAGCGUUACAAAUGAGAGCUAAUAUAGAAAAACAACGAUAUAGUGUAUCAAUGACUAUGCGAAGAGAUAUACUUGGAACACAAUUAAUUAAAUUACCUACUUUAUUAUAUGAUGCACCAACAACUGGUGUUUGGUUUGGUCCUUAUCAUGAUUGUUCAUUUCCUAAUCCAUCAUCGAAAAGUAUGGUUCGCUGGCGUUAUUCAGUACCAAUAUUUAAAGAAAUUACUCGUUUACCAGUUGGUUUUGUAUCCAUUGUAUUCGGAUCUGAUCUUCGUUGGUAUUCAAUAAAUCCGUGUGAUGAUACAAUUGGUGUGAAUGUUUAUAAUCCAUUUCAAAGUUUACAUAAAUGUCAUCGUGAAACAACUGAAUGUCAACAACAAACAAUACCUGAAGAAGAAACAGGUUUUGAUUUAGCUAGUUAUCGAUGUGUAUGUAAAACUGGUCAUGAAUAUCCAUUUGGUUCAAUGAAAAAUUAUUUCGAAGGUGCUAUUAUUGAACGUGAAUAUGCUAAAAUGUUACGUGGAGAAAUAAAUGCCUAUGAAAAUAUGCAAUGUCGUUCAAUUGAUCAACAAUUAGAACCAAGAUAUUAUAUGUCAGAUAGUAUGGAAUCACAUUCAACUAUUGAAAUUGUCCCGUUAUCGCCUGAACAUCGUCAGGGAAUAACUAAUUUACUGAUGGGUUCAUUUUUUUUACAAGAACCAUUGAAUGCAAUGCUUCAAUUUGAAAUACCACAUGAACCAAUGGCAUGGGUUGAUCAUAUUGUUGAUGGAUCGAUUCGUGAUCAAUGUUCAUUUGUUGCUAUUGAUACAACAACUCCUUAUAAAAAUAUUGUUGGUGUUAUACUUAAUGGUAUUUCAGAUCGUACACAAAAACAAGACGAAUUUGUUAUUCCAUCUGAAAAAUUAAAUUUUAUUUUUUCAUUAAUUGAUAAAGUAUCAGAUGGUCAUGAUCUAUUUGAAUUAUAUAAAACUGAUCGUCUUUUUCAUUGUGAUGUUAUUAAUAUUGAUGAAAACCAACGUGGUCAUAAUUUAAGUGUUCGUUUAAUAACGACUUCUCUUAAUAAAGCACGACAAUUAGGUAUUAAAGGUGCAUUUGUUGUUUGUACAAGUUUAUUUUCAAGAAAAGCUUUUCUACGUCAAGGUUUCGAAGUUGUUAAUGAAAUUCUAUAUUCUGAACAUGGAAAUGGACGUCUAACUGAUAUGGGUAUACAUGAUCGAUGUACUUUAUUAGGAACAAAAUUGUGA